AUGGGUGUAAUCAUCCCCACCCUAGCUCCGGCAUCAGAUCAAAAAUCACUCUUCCUCACAUCCCUAUCCCGCCUACUUGGGUGGAUCUACACAUUUGCUUGGUCUCUUUCAUUCUACCCUCAGGUCAUCCACAAUUAUACCCACUCCUCUACUGUUGGGCUCAGCACCGAUUUUGUGCUGCUUAAUGCAGCUGGGCAUUCUUCAUAUCUCCUAUACAACUCUCUAUUGCUCUUCUAUGAGCCUGUUCGACGGGCGUAUCGCAAGACGCACGAGGGGAGGGACAACGUAGUUCAACUGAACGAUUGGGUCUUUUCUCUCCAUGCUACCCUCCUCGCACUUCUUACUCUCGGGCAGUAUUUAAGGUAUAAGAAACCAGAACAAGAGGUUUCUCGAACAGUCCGUCUUUCUCUCGCUUUUGCACUCACUAUCGCAGUCUUCCUCGCCGGUGCCCGCAGACUGAAACUCGCGGGGUGGCUGGACAUUGUCGCUGCAGCCUCAACACUCAAGUUGGCGAUAACAAUGACCAAAUACCUGCCACAGAUCAAACUCAAUAGAGACAGAAAAAGUACAAAAGGUUUCAGCAUAGAGAACAUUCUCCUAGAUCUCAUAGGAGGAGUGUUGAGUCUGUUGCAAUUGGUGGUUGAUGCCGUUUGGAUUCAGGGUAGUUGGAGUGGUGUUAGUGGAGAUUGGGGGAAAUUGGGAUUGGGGCUGUUGAGUGUGGCGUUUGAUGGAGUGCUCAUUUGCCAACAUUACCUGCUCUAUGGGCCGGUAGAUGUGGACCAAGAGGAGGAGAGCGAGGAGGAGGAAGUGCAAGGAGGGAGGGAAGAGAGGAGGAGUGGAUAUGGAAGUACCGCCUCUGGUUGUGCGUCCAGAAGAGGUGGAAGGCCGAGUGAGGGUGAGGAUGAAUCUUCGGCGUUGCUCAGAUAG